CCUCCCCCCGGUAUGGCCCUGGCCCCGCCCCUUUCUUUCACUCUCUUCUUCCUGGCUUCGGAAGAGCGAGAGCGUCUCGUGGAGCGAGCGAGCGGGCGGUCAUAGGUGGUCUUCCAGAGGGAGGGAUGUUGCUCCGCAGCCGGCGCUUCCUGUGGGGCCCCUCAGCCUUCUGGAGGCCUCUCUUCCAGGGCCGCCUCCUCCUGCUCACCAACACCCUCAGCUGUGGGGGGCUCCUGGCCGCUGGGGACACCCUCCGACAGGCCUGGGAGAGGAGGAAGGGGAGCGGGAGACAGGAGCCUCAACACCACCGCAAGCAGGACCUGGCCCGCACAGCACGCAUGUUUGCCAUUGGCUGCAGCAUGGGCCCGCUGAUGCAUUACUGGUACCUGUGGCUGGAUGGGGCCUUCCCUGCAGCCGGCUUCAGCGGCAUCCGGAGUGUCUUGAAGAAAGUCUUCAUCGACCAGAUCGUGGCUUCGCCAGCGCUGGGUGUCUGGUACUUCUUGGGAAUGGGGACCCUGGAAGGGCAGGCGCUGGAGCAAAGCUGGCAGGAGCUGGAAGAUAACUUUUGGGAGUUUUAUAAGAUGGACUGGUGCGUCUGGCCGCCGGCCCAGUUGGUCAACUUUCUCUUCCUGCCCCCCAAGUACCGCGUGGUCUACAUGAACGUCAUCACGCUCGGAUGGGAUACCUACCUCUCGUACCUGAAGCAUCGCCCCAAACAUCAGUCUCCCAGCUUGGAAGAGGAGCCCGAAGCCUGUGCCACCGAGAUCCAAACAGCCGGAUGAGAAAAACAGGGCUUUGCUUGCGUUUCCGUCUUUGCGGCGACGAGGGGUUCAUCUCCUUUUCCUCCGUCCAUCUUCCUUAAACCGGGAGCAGGUCUCUCUGGACAGGUACGCAGUCGGGUGCGUCCUGAUUGAUCGUUUGCCUUUUCGAACAAGAGACUCAAGAGGUGCCAAAAUCAUGGAUUUUUUCUUUUCUUUGUAAUUAAAAAGAGGAAAUAAAAGACCCAAAGGGGGCUCUACAAGGGAA